UAAGUGGUCAUUUUGUUAACUGAAAAACAAAACAAAGAACGAAUGAGGAGGGAGUAGGUUAGAGGUCGCAAGCAACCAAUUGUAUGCAUUUAGGGUUAAUAUUUAAAGCAUAUGGCAUAUUCUUAUUUCUUCUGUUUCAAUAUCUGUUUCCAAAGGUCCAUCCAUCCAUUCAUCCAUCCAUAUUCUGUACCGCUUAUUCUACACAAGGUUGUGGGUGAGCCUGGAACCUAUCCCAGGGAACUCGGGGCACAAGGCAGGGGACACCCUGGAGGGGUGCCAUCCCAUCACAGGACACAAUCGCACACACAGACACACUACGGCCAAUUUGGAAAUGCAAAUCAGCCUACAACACAUGUCUUUGAACUGUGGGAGGAAGCUGGAGUACCCAGAGGAAACCUCCGAAGUACGGGGAGAACAUGUGGAGUGGAGGUGUCUGACUGAAGCUUUGCACUUGAAAAGUCAAGGAGAAACAUGCUCUAACUUACAAGCUCCUGAAGAUCCACUUGCUACCUCAUAGCAUGUCUACUGGAGUGAAUGUCAGUGUCUAAUAAACAUGAUCUCUCAGCCUUGCACCGCUUAGCUGCUCAGCCAAGCAAAGUAAAACAUGGUCUGAGAGAGUGAGAGCAAGAGAAAGAUCAGAAUAACAAGCAGCACAUAUGGACAGGAAACUGUUACUGUCUACAGCAAAAAACAAAAACAAUAAUAAAAAAAAAAGGGAUUAUAACGUAUAUGUUGUAUUUAUGAUGAGUUUAAUGGAUAGACAGAUGGACAGUUUUCUGUGCAACUAAUCUGUUCUGAAUUCUUAUACUACACAGACAUUUUUGUUUAGACAACUUUGUAAACAAACCAAAAUAUUCCUUGCUUCUCUUGCAAUUUCUAAAGGGCAACACUGUAUUAUGUUUCCUUUCAGCAUUUCUGUCUGAAUGAAUAGAUAUUAAUUAUUUACCAAAGUGUACCUGUGAGACCACAUGCAGUUGCAGCGUAAGAACAGUGUCCAUGUCACAAACACUCGAUAUUUAGACAUUGGCGUCUGUCCUCGGCGGAACUGUGGCAUUUAAGUGUAGCUACAAAAACAGAUUGAAUGAAUUGCUCAUUUUCCAGAUAUGUAAGUAUUUCCUGUUCAGUUUUCUAUGGCAGAUUAGGUCAGCAAUUGAAGAUCAUUCAGUUCUCAGGGUUUUUUUUUAAUGCAAGUAAUAAGAACCUAGAAGUAUGAAUGGAGAGUUUGAAGUAAAAGCCUGUUACUGAUUGAAAGGUUAAUAGACCGAGUACGGCUGAAUCAGCACAAUAAUUUGGUCAACAUGAAUUUCCUUUAGAGGUACAUGACAGUCAGGACAAAUGCUUAACACGUAAUAUGAUGAGUACUAUAGAUGAAAUCUUGAAACUGAAGACUAAAGCGUGUCAUUUAAAAUGUUAAUUACUUAAAUACCAUGUUUGUUUAUUUUAAAGACUCUGGAUUUCAUUCAGCACUGGGGAAAAUCUGAGGAUUUACUAUCAAGCUAUUCAAACACAGGAAUAUGCAAUCAGGACUAAUCAUUAGCAGUGAGGAAGAAAUGUAGGAUGAAGCUCUGUAUCUAUGCCAUAAACAGCUGAUCACUACUGCUUUCUCCAGCACCAUGGGAGAUGCUUUACUGGAGCGAGGCACAAACUCUAAUUCCUCGAGUAACCAAACAGAUUUCAGCUGCAGCAACGAUGAGUCAUACAAGUACAUCAUCUUACCCCUGUGCUACUCUAUAACCUUCUUACUUAGUGUCGUCCUAAACUCCACUGUUCUCUUGCGCUCGUACCGUGGUGGUCGCCGAUGGAAUACCUCACUAAUUUAUAUGGUUAACCUGGCAUCCACGGACUUAAUGUACAGCUUGUCACUGCCGCUUCUUGUGGCAAGUUAUGUCAUGCAUGACCAUUGGGUGUUUGGGGAUUUUAUGUGCAGGCUGGUACGCUUCCUUUUUUAUUUUAACCUCUACUGCAGCAUCUUUUUCCUCACCUGCAUCUCUGUGCACCGCUACAUGGGCAUCUGCCACCCUAUCAGAACCAUCACGCUGGAGAGCAAGCGUGCUGCAAAGAGCACCUGCGCUAUGGUCUGGGUCGUGGUGUUCCUGCUCACCUGUCCAAUCUUCCGUUUCGCUCAAACUGGUGACAUACCCAGAGACAAUGGAACCACGAGACGUGGGCUAAACCAAGUGGACUCGGAGAUGUAUAAGAACUGCUUUGAUGUUGCAACAGACACCGAGUUCUCUGAGUACGUUCCAUAUGGAAUUGUUCUUCACCUUCUAGGCUUCUUUGUUCCCUUUACUGUCAUUGCGUGGUGUUACUCGCAGGUGGUUCGAACCAUCUUUCAGACCUUGCACCCUCAACCAUAUGUGCAGGAGGUUCAUGAUAAUGAAAAAGGCCCCACCAAUCAGACCUCAAUCUCCGAGUCUCAGCAUGCACCAUAUAUCAGCAGGCGCCGCAAGUCCAUCAAAACAAUCAUUACUAUCACUUUCUUGUUCGCGCUGUGCUUCCUGCCAUUCCAUAUCACCCGGACGCUGUACCUCAUUCUUAAACAGAGAAACGCAGAGUGCCACACCAUGCACGCUAUCUCUGUCUGCUACAAAGUCACUCGACCCCUCGCGUCAUUCAAUUCAUGGCUCAAUGCUCUGCUCUACUUUCUCACUGGGGACAAUAGCAUCUCUUGCUGUGGACUGAGAGAAACCAGUCAUCACAUACACCAUGUCUCACCAUCAAGGGCUCUUGGAGGACUGAAAAAGGAGGUGGUAGCUGAAAAGGGAGAACAGGGUGAAAAACAUACAAACCACAAUCAAAACAGAGACUCCAAACCUUCAGGAAUCGCAAAGCGGACUGUGAAAAUGACCAAAUCCUGUGCAUGGUGGUUUUCCUAUGAACUGUCUGUGUCUGAAUAAUACUGCUCCUGUAUUUAUUUUCUUAACUUUCUAUUAAAAGAAAGUUUAUCAUAUUCGUAUUCA